AGCCCGGUCCUUUUCUAGGGCGGUCGCACAGGCAGCGGCGGUGCAAAGCUGGCUGCAGCCAACAUGUACUACAAGUUUAGCAGUUUCACGCAGACGUUGGCUAGAGCUUGGGCUUCGGAAGCCUAUACUCCGCAGGGUUUUAAGCCGGUUUCCAAAGAAGCACCACCUAUCAUAUUUGCCACACCGACCAAACUGACCUCCAGUGUGACAGCAUAUGACUAUGCUGGGAAGAAUAAAGUUCCAGAGCUACAGAGAUUCUUCCAGAAGGCUGACGGUGUGCCCGUGCACCUGAAACGAGGCCUUCCGGACCAAAUGCUUUACCGGACCACCAUGGCUCUCACAGUGGGAGGGACCAUCUACUGCCUGAUCGCCCUCUACAUGGCCUCGAAGCCCAAAAACAAAUGAAUUUGCCUGUGGAGGACUGGUUUACUUUGUGACCCAAACCCUUUGAAUUCUCGAGUUUCAUUUUUUUCCCCCUUGGAUAGUCUACUUAACAUUUUGCAAACAAAGGAAAAGAUAAGAAUACACUGGUUUGUUUAUGGCGUGCAGAUGGCCUGUCAGAUGUCAGCUUGUUUUACAGUUAGAACUAUUGUUUAAGGAAAUGACACCAAGCCAUCGCUGAGCCGUCCUGCUCCUGGUCUCCCACGAGAUUCUGGGUGAAAGUUGUUCACAAGCUCACUCAUGGCCAGCAGUGCUCAGGGCCUCCGGGACUCGGGUGGUGUCUAAGCGGGAAGCAGAGAAGCCUUCUGGGUGUAGGUGUGAUUGAGGAAGGAGACCAAAGCCAGGGCACAGGUGGGUGACAGAGGGCUUGAGUUAGCCACCUGGGGGGUUGGUCCACCUUGCAGAGAAAUGCUAGUAGAGAUUAUUUGCAGUCUGCCUCUAAUUGUUGGGCAGUUUGUUUCAAAGGGUUGUUUGCCUCUCCCAGACCCUAGGGAAGUGUGUCUUUGUGUCUUUGUUCCAUCAUGGGAAAGAACACCUGUCAGUGUUGCACUUUAGACAGCUGUACCAGUAAUUCUCCUUUAAUCAUGUUGCGGCUUGACGUUAUGAUUUACUUGACUGCGGAAUAAAUACAUGAGCAAAGA